GAAUUAUGGUGUCCCGAUUGACAUAUUUGCUGCUGUUUGUUCAGUAUUAUGCAUCAUCCUCGUCAUUGGCACUUCCUCAAGCCGGGGAAAGGGCAAAUCGAGUUGCUUAUUAUGCGAAGCGAUUGCUGCAGUGCCAGCAGAGUCAAGGCAGCUGGAGCGAAGGCGAUGGCACUGAAAUGGCGUCAUGCUUGAAGGACAUUCUAAUUUCCGUCGGACCGCGGCUCAAAGAUCCUGAUGGCAUCCCCGAACUCGAGCUUCCGCGCGUGGAUCCGUUUGACCUGAAGGAGGUUUCUAUUGACAGUGACCGAAGCAUCAACGGGAAUUUCACCAACCUUCGGCUCUACGGUGUCACCAACGGCUUGACAACUGAGAACCUCAACAUUGUGGUGAAUCCCAAGAAUCUCCGAGCGUCUUUGUUCAUCAGCAUCCCAAACUUACGACUGGAAGGAGACUUUGAAAUGAGCAUCAACUUCGUGAAAGCCCUCUUUCCGUGGCUUGAAGGCUUCAGUGCCUCGAGAUCUUUCGGGAAGUUUCGCACUGAAUUCGCAAAACUCGAUGUUCGAGGCCUGGGCAUAUUCAAAGAAGCGACAACGGGAGCAGGAGGACUCGGAGUGUUCUUGCAGCGAAUCGGUGUCGACUUCGACUUCCACGAUGCGAAGUUCACGUUUACGUCCAAUGACCCAAAGGAUCCCAUCAUUCCUCUGCUGGAAGGCAUUCUCAACGACAAGGAGUCGGGGAAGGCGAUUGUGAACGAGAUCAAGCCGCAGUUGAUUCAAGUCAUCAAUAAGCUUUUGUACAACCUGAUGUCGAAGGGAAUGCAGAAUUUCGAACGGCUGCUGGAACCGUGAUGCGUAAUUUUAUUUUUAUUUUUUUGGCGAACGAAAUUUUGCGGAUUUUUGUUUGUUUUGGAAAUCAUCCUCGUCAGAACUUGCUUGUUCAUUUCCAGUCGGAAGAUUUGCUGGCACCGCGAGAAUAAAUCGUCAUCAAAAAGGGUAAUUUUUAAUUUUGAGUUCAAGAAUUUUUCAAAUGGUGCCCCUGUAAAAAUCGGAGAAACGCGUUUUUGUCCUCCACCUGCGCGAUUCUCAAUGUGAAUGCGAUUUAUAUAUUUGCUGUUUUGUAUCUGCUGGCAAGGUUUUGAGCUAUCUAAACUUUUUAUUUUUCUACCGUUGAUGCGUGGAUAUCUGUUUUGUGAUGUUCUUUGGUGGAAAAAAAUAUAGGUCUUCAGCAAAUGCAGUAUAUA